ACUCAAAAAACAAGAUCAUAUUUUACACUACUUACCUGCAUUUACUCUUACUCAAAGUAUAGCUUAGUUUAGGCUCAGUUUCCGGCAAAAGACUUCCAAAGAUCAAUUAUGCCACCAAACUGAUCACCCGGUUUGCUGUUUGUAUACAAUUCAAUUCAACUGCUCCAGCACAUCAAAACAAACUCGUCUGCAAACUGGUAAUCCAAAGCAGAAAUUUUUGUUGCAUGCAAAGGAACCUCCUCUUCCAAGCUGAUGUCAGUAGCUUUAGACUUAUAAUGGAGAAAGAAAAAAAGAUAGCUGUCAUUGGGAGUGGAUUGAUUGGCCGGUGCUGGGCGAUAAUUUUUGCAAAAGCUGGCUACAGUGUAUGUUUAUAUGAUGUAAAUAAAGCUCAAAUCACAAAUGCAUUGGAUACUUGCAGAACACAACUCUCGCAAAUGGAGACUGAUGGAUUUUUCAAAGAAAGUUCUUUGAAUGCAGAAGAGAUAUUUCGUUUAAUUAGUGGCUCGGCUAAUUUAAUGGAUGCACUAAAAGAUGCAAUUUAUGUUCAGGAAUGUACACCAGAAAAUAUAGAUAUGAAGAAGCAAGUUUUUGCCGAGCUAAGCAAACAUGCUGAUGAGGGUACUAUUAUCGCAAGUUCAACAUCGUGCCUCGUUCCUUCACUUUUUACUGAAAAACUGCCAAACAGAUCCCAUUGCCUUGUAGCACAUCCUGUCAACCCACCUCAUCUUGUACCGCUAGUUGAGCUUGUUCCGUCUCCUUGGACUGAUCCAGAAGUAGUUGAAAGGACUAAAGAUCUGAUGAAAGACAUCGGUCAGACACCAGUCAUUGCUAAAAAGGAGGUUAAUGGCUUUAUUCUUAACAGAUUGCAAUAUGCAUUGUUGAUGGAAGCAUGGAGGCUCGUUGAGGAUGGCGUCUGCUCUCCAGAAGAUGUUGACCUGACUGUCAGCAAAGGACUAGGCCUUCGAUAUGCAGUGAUGGGACCGUUUGAAACAAUGCAUCUGAAUGCAGCAGGUGUGAAAGACUAUUGUGAAAGAUAUGGAUCAAAUAUCGAGCGGAUAUGUCGGGAAGAAGGGGGCCCUAGAACAAUGGCAGGUCAAACUGCAGAGAAAAUUCACGAAGCAAUGUGUAACAUAGUUCCGGUGGAUAAACUGGAAGAGCGGCGCGAAUGGAGAGAUUCCAAACUUGGUGAGCUCUUCAAGCUUGGUCACUCAAAACAUUAAAUCCCAUUUCUAUUAUUCCUAUCACAAGUGUUUUAUGAAGUAGCACGGAAAUAUGCAGAUCUUUAUUCUCGUAUUUUUCCAAGUUCUGAUACCAUUUUUAAAGUAGACUUUUGCUAAUUUACUCUUUCGAAUUUCAAUCCCAAGUCCAAGAUUUGUUACGUUUCAAGUUUGAAUAUCGUCUUAGAGCUGUUAUACGUCAUAAAAGGACAUGCUACGAUUACAAAAGGGUGUUUCCUCGUGAUACCGUGCCCAAGGAAACAUUUUGAACUGUAUCGUUCCGUUCUUUUGAAUUUCGUUAGAAUUGGAAGCACGUAAUAUAACAAAUUCAUUGUGCCAUAAUGAUUAGCAUCAAUGUGAUAUCGAAUGAUCUGCAUAAUCUUUCUUAUGAUCUGCAUUUAAGUUUUCAUUGCACACCAGAAAUCCAGUUAAUAAAUACUAGUACUGAUACGCAUGGACAUCUUUUUUAUCGUAUACACUCUUUUUUUAUAAUAACCAGUAAAUUUAAGUUCAGGCUGACUGUUCUUUAUUUUUUCGAAAAUCUGAGGCUGGAUUGUUCUUAAUUUGUUCUUAAUCUAAUAGGGUGUAGGCAGUGCAAGUGCUUUUUCGCUCUAGGGUGGUGUUCAGGCCUCAUUUGCCAAAAAAGUAAGUGAGACAGCCUUUAUUUGCUGACAAAAUUGAAUAUUCACCGAAAAAGCAUCCACACAUCGCUAAAAAUCCUCGAUUUUGAGAAAAAACGUUGUUCAAAAUUGUAUUUUGCAGAAGCUCAGCCUCAGCUUGUUCUUAAUUUGUUCUUAACUUUUGACCAGUUUUGAGGCUCGUGUUCUUAUAAAAUUGUUCUUAUAAAAAAAGAGUGUAAACUUCGUGCUGCGAAAAUCUUUAAAAAUAACAUUUUAUCCACUAACGAUCCGAAAUUAGAACUGUGCCUAGAAAAAAGGGUCAUUUGGCAAAAAAUGCUGAUUACGUGCUGUUGCAGAAGAAAAAAUUUUAUGGUGAUUUUUUAACAUAUAGUUUUAGCCCUACAUUUUCAGUAAGAAGAGUAGAAAACACGUCCAUAUAAACUCCACUAACCAAGCACCACAUGGGAUUUCAUGCCCAUAUCUGACAUGAUCGGUGCUAUUAUAAACGAGGAAAGGUUUCUAAUCGUUGUUAAUAUUACGGGCAUGUCAUAGCAUCAUACCUUUCCUCACUAACAUUCAGUUAAUUUACCUCAAAUCUCCUUCACAAUUCCCUCCAGUAACAAUUUGUUAUGCACUACUUUACCUUUGACUCUUCUCAAACAUUUUCUUACCGGCAAACGUAAUGGUUUCUUCCCCUCCAUUUUACAAUAUUUCCAUAUUUUGUUUCCCCACCUUAUAUAUACAUAUAUACAAAUAAAUAUAUAUUUUUAUACAUGUACAAGUGUAAUUAUUUUGAUUUAGUUGUAAUUUAGCAUUCAGUUGUAGUACAGAAGCUAAGGCUGAAGUAAGCCUCAGUCAAGACCUAGACGAACAAUGAUGCUCAGUUGUAAAAUAAUUUCUUUCGCUUGUUGUUAUGAAUUAAUUGAAUCGAGUUAAUUGAUAAUAAAUUUGGAAAAUCUG